AUGUACGCCCGCCGAGACCAGCGAACGACUCCAGAUCUCGCAAAAUUCCGGAGCGAUGGGCAGGAAAUCCCGACAGGUCGAGGGGCUCGCGAAACAUCUAGGGCACAGAAUAAUGACCCCCAAGGACGACCAGAGAGUAAAAGGUACACAUAUGAGCAGCCUCUUCCUGAGCGUUCUCGCAAGGACCGUGGUAAAUUUUCAGUACCAGCAGACGAUGUCAACUCAAGAUAUUUAAAUAGGGAGAGAGCAGAGAAACUUAAACGGGAUCGCAAAGAGAGAGAAGAUCCAAAAAGGGAUAAACAAGGGAGAGAGGGAGGAAAAGAGGAAGACCCAAUAGAGCGCGCUUGGAAGGACAAGCUCCGAAAGGAGCGUGAAAAAGUAGCUGAACAGAUUGCAAUUGAGGAGUCUGCUCGGAAAUUUAAACCAAGAACAGCUACAAAGGAAACAAUAGGCAGAGACGAAGGAGGACGCACAAAUCAAAGAGCGAGUGACAGCAAUGCAGUCAGAGAAGAAAAGACGGGGAAAACGUAUAUAUACACUAGCCAGGACGAAAGGGAAAGGGAUAGGAAUCCCAGAGAUAGAAGCAGGAGUAGAGAUCGGUACGAUAGAGGCCAUGCGCGCGUAAGACCAGCUCAGCCAGAGACGAAUACAGGUGGAGGUGCUGGACAUAAAGACUAUGGGCCAUACACAUAUUCGCCUCUUUACAUUCGCAAAUCGGUCCCAAAACCAGAAGUCGACGGAAGGGGAGAUGAGAAAAUGUAUAGAGACAAGAAGGAUCGGGAUCAGACUAGAGAUCCUGAACUCAUAGCACGUCCCAGACGUAGGGAUGAAGCCGAUCAAUACGGAAAAUAUGUGCCAAGUAGGGAUCCGCUUUCCUCCAGUCAUGAAAGCCGACAUGCUCCCCCGCUCAGCCGUAGUACACCCCUGAAAACUGCCCACAACGACCCACGGUAUGAGUAUAACGAUGAAAGACCUGGGAAGUACCAUUAUUGA